AUGCAGCUCUCGUUGAUUGUGCAGGUGGAGCUCCUGGUUUGGGGUCAGGAUGCCCCCGAUGAUAUUUUCGAAGAGGAAGAGGGCUCUGUGUAUGAAAAGCGCAGGCUGACCCAGGGCCAGGAGGCCCAUAUGAAUGAGCUGAGGGAGCGCCUCAUACCAGCCAAAGGGGCUUACAAGCUCCUUCGGAAGCAAGUUGGUCGUGCCGUUGAUGCGGCCAGAGCCGCAGACGAGCGCGUUGAGGUCGCCAAAAAGGCGGCCGGAGAGGCGCGCGAUCAAAUUGACAAACUUUAUGCGUACUAUUUGUAA